CGCUAGCACGCUGAAAGUGAGUGGCUAGGUCAGGCAGCCUCACCGGCGAGAGGAAACAUGUCGCGUUGUCUAACCCUCUUGAAAUUCGGCCUAGGGGCUUCUCAGCGGGCCGGUACGAGGCUUCUGUCAUCGGCAUCUGGUCGCGGUUUGGGGAGCAGGAUUCUCGCAUCGCCGAUAAGUUCUGGAGUUCAGGCCCAUGGAAGAUCGCGUUACUGUGCGAGGGGGCCUUGUGUGCGGACCCCCCACCAGUCCAGCCUGAUCGCGACGCAGUGGCUGCUCCAGCGCGCCUAUAGCACCCAGCAGGCGGAGAGCGCCGAGGAGGAAGCGCUGCACACCAUCAUCAGCGACACGGAGAACGUGCAGGGUACCUUUUCGAAACAUGAGUUCCAGGCAGAGACAAAGAAGCUUCUGGACAUCGUGGCCAGAUCGCUGUAUUCAGAGAAGGAGGUGUUCAUUCGGGAGCUGAUCUCCAACGGCAGCGACGCCUUGGAGAAGCUGCGGCACAAGCUGAUCUCCGGAGGGGGUGACACCGCGCCCAUGGAGAUCCACCUGCAGACCGACGCCGCCAAGGGCACCUUCACCAUCCAGGACACGGGCAUUGGGAUGAAUCAGGAGGAGCUGGUGUCCAACCUGGGCACCAUCGCACGGUCUGGCUCUAAGGCCUUCCUGGAUGCCCUGCAGAACCAGGCUGAGGCCAGCAGCUCCAUCAUUGGUCAGUUUGGGGUGGGUUUCUACUCUGCCUUCAUGGUGGCCGACCGCGUAGACGUCUACUCCCAGUGCGCUGAGCCGGGGACUCCUGGGUACAAGUGGUCCUCCGACGGCUCCGGUGUGUUCGAGAUCGCCGAGGCCAGCGGAGUCAGACAGGGCACCAAGAUCGUGCUGCACCUCAAGGACGACUGCAAGGAGUUCUCCUCUGAGGACCGGGUCAAAGAGGUGGUCACCAAAUACAGCAACUUUGUCAGCUUCCCCAUCUUCCUGAACGGGCGACGGCUCAACACGCUGCAGGCCCUGUGGAUGAUGGACCCGAAGGAGAUCAGCGAGUGGCAGCAUGAGGAGUUCUACCGCUACGUGGCGCAGGCCUACGACAAGCCCCGCUACGUCCUGCACUACCGCACCGACGCCCCCCUCAACAUCCGCAGCAUCUUCUACGUGCCGGACAUGAAGCCCUCCAUGUUCGACGUGAGCAGAGAGAUGGGCUCCAGUGUGUCCCUGUACAGCCGCAAGGUCCUGAUCCAGACCAAGGCCACCGACAUCCUGCCCAAAUGGCUGCGCUUCCUCAGAGGUGUUGUGGACAGUGAGGACAUCCCCUUGAACUUGAGCAGAGAGCUGCUGCAGGAGAGCGCCCUCAUCAGGAAGCUCCGGGACGUCCUGCAGCAGCGGGUGAUCCGCUUCCUGCUGGAGCAGAGCCGGAAGGAUCCGGAGAAGUACGCUCGUUUCUUCGAGGACUACGGCCUCUUCAUGAGGGAGGGCAUCGUCACCACCGCCGAGCAGGACGUCAAGGAGGACAUAGCCAAGCUGCUGCGGUUCGAGUCGUCCACGCUGCCCGCGGGCCAGCAGACCAGCCUGCAGGAGUACGGCUCGCGCAUGAAGGCCGGCACACGCAACAUCUACUACCUGUGCGCCCCCAACCGCCACCUGGCCGAGCACUCGCCCUACUUCGAGGCCAUGAAGAAGAAGGACAUGGAGGUGCUGUUCUGUUACGAGCAAUUCGACGAGCUCACGCUGCUGCACCUGCGGGAGUUUGACAAGAAGAAGCUCAUCUCCGUGGAGACGGACAUCGUGGUCGACCACUACAAGGAGGAGAAGUACGAGGACAGCAAGCCAGCCUCCGAGCGCCUGACAGAGCAGCAGGCAGAAGACCUGAUGGCCUGGAUGAGGAACUGCCUGGCCACCAGAGUCACCAACAUCAAGGUGACCCCCCGGCUGGACACACACCCGGCCAUGAUCACGGUGCUGGAGAUGGGCGCGGCACGCCACUUCCUGCGCACCCAGCAGCUCGCCCGCACCUCCGAGGAGAGGGCCCAGAUCCUGCAGCCCACGCUGGAGAUCAACGCUGGUCAUGACCUCAUCAAAAAGCUACACGAGCUGAAGGACUCAAACCCGGAACUGGCCCAGCUGCUGCUGGAGCAGAUCUAUGACAACGCUAUGAUUGCGGCUGGCUUGAACGAUGACCCCCGGCCAAUGAUCUCCCGCCUCAACGACCUGCUGACGAGAGCCCUGGAGAAGCACUGAGAGCCUCCACCCCCUGCCCCGCCCCUGGUCCAGCCUGCCCCUGCAUUGCCAUGGUCCACCAGCCCGUUUCCCUGAAGACUCCACCCCCACUGGGCUGGGAAGACUCAACGCGAUCUCACAAGGACAAGAGGCCACCGCGGCUAAAUUAGGAGCGAAAAAGGGACGCUUACUUCCUGGUCCUGCGCUGGUUUGUUUGAAAUACAGUAGCUCUGAAUGUAAGUAUUUAUGUGAUUGUGCCAUGAGCAGGAAUACAAAUGACAGCGCCACCUGCAGGCCUGGGGGAUACCUGUCCCUGAUGCUGUAAUAAGCCGUCAUAGUUAACACAGAAGACUGCUUUGGCUCUCCCUUUUUCUGAGAACUGAAUACACAAUACAAGGCUGUAUUAACCCCUUAUUAGAAAUAUGCAGCAGGCGCAACAUUGUCAGUACAUACGGACAGAUCCGGUGGAAUCUCUGCCACCAUCCCUCCUUUGUUCUUCCCUUCAUCACUGUCUAUGUGGGUGUUUCUCUUUGUCCUUUUGUUACAGUUUUAAAGAGUAAAAUCUUCUCUGGCUUGUAAUGUGAAGUGGAAUUGAAAGAGCUGCAGCACUUUGCGCAUUUAAUGGUAGCUUUUAACCAAUCAUUUAGGGCCGCAGUGCAUUCCGCCGUCUAAUGUGUGGUAGGGUUGGGAAUCCUAUUUUCUGUUUCUACCCUCGGGCUGAACACCAUACUUAUUGGAAGGUAACCUUUGAACCCUGCGAGAACCUGACCGGAAAGGAUGUGGGCGGCCCAGCUUUACAAACCCAUGUGAAGAAUCCCAAAACAGCGGCAAAGUUACCAUAGAUACUGAGCUUUUUUAAGACAUAAAACUAAAGCUUGUGUUUGCCGGAUUAGUCAUCCGAUUGGCUGUUCCCAUGCACUCUGUCCAGUUCAGCCCAUCCGCAUGCCAUGAGGAUCAGCGAAAACAGAAUUUUACACCGUGUUCAACCAUAUAAAUGGAAAGCCAGAAAUAUGUCUGCUCUGUCGUCUUGCUGACCGUACUGCAGUCUGCCCACCCAUUUGGCUUUGAGAAGCCCAUGUACAUAGAUCAUGUGCUGCAAGGAUUUGACAUAAAUAUAUAUUGUCUUUGUUUCAAUACCAGAACUGAUCCUCUGUAUUAGUGUGGCUGCGUCUUAGGGUCUUUAUCAGGAAACUUACGGGGUUUAGUAAUCUGCAGAAUGGAGAUAAGAUACGAGGACAAAUUGGAGAGUUGUUGAAUGCUGCAUUAUAACAAAGGAUCGCGGUUAGGUGAUGUAAGACACACUGAGCGGAUUGUGUUUUGUAUUGUCCACUGAAAUUAAACAGCAAGUGCUGCACAUUAUUAAUGAAAAUGAUGAAUUCUCUCAUUUUGUGAGAGACACAAUGGGGGACAGUUGAAGAAUUGUGUCGCUAGAGUUUGAGGACUCAAUGGCUAACUGUGGUCUCUACAGGUAAGGCAGGUAGGCCCAGGUGAGGCAGGUAGGCCCAGGUGAGGCAGGGAGGCCCAGGUAAGGCCUGCGCCCUGUCCCUGUGCCAGCUGUUUUUCAAAGUGACUAAAGUACUGGAGCUGAUUUCAGUGGAGUUAAAUAACUACAUCCUCCCAGUCGCCACACCCAGUGACCAGAGAUCAGUGAAAACAAAUACACCAGAAAAUGGUACAGCGUUAACAUAGGACCUUCCCUGAAACUUUUGGUGUAGAAUAAAAGUUUUUCUAAAACCAGUAUGGAGGUAAAGUUAGGCACAGGUGGACAAUCAACCAGGCAAAUGAAGGAAAGCAAUCAGUUCUGGGACUUAAGACCUGUUGCCCUGUCAAUCAAACACUCUACUGUAAUAAGGAAACCCUAAUGUCUCCUGUAUCACCUGCUGCUCUUGAUUGGUUGGCCUCCAUUGAUACAU